UUCUUAUAUCUCACAGUCUGAAAGAAAACUUUGUCGAAAUAAGUCAGUUGUAUUUUUCGAAAAAGAAUUAUAAAUAAUAAUAAAUUUCACAUUUCAAUUCACCGUUUCUUUAUUCUAAACAGUUAAGGAAUAUAGUAAGAAGACAUCAAAUAUAACUUUGAAUGAAAACAGUCCAAGAAGUGUUAAAAUACAAUAAUGAAGAUAGAAAAUUUACGCAUCGUUUUCUUUAUCAUUUAUAUUAUGAUAAGUGAAAAAGUACACUGCACAUCGUUAAUAGAAAGUAACGGCACCGCUGCCAAAGACAUUGACGGAAAACUAUUACUGAAUCUUGGAAGGCAACUUAAUAAGCCGAUGAUAACAUUGCUUGGAAUGGCUAUUCGGAAUCUUGAAAACCUUCACCCUUGCGAUGACUGGACACAGUGGUCAGACUGCGGGACUAUUAAUAAAGGAUUUAUUUCAACCAGAAAAAGAACGAGAUUAUGUGGAAAAAAUCAGUAUUCCCCAGUGAAGAAUGAAACUAAAACAACGGCAACGGACAUAAGUAUUUGUGAGGGAUUUUGUCCCAAGGACUAUAACAUGACAGCGAAUGGAUUUUGUGUUAAACUGUAUGUUAGUAGAAAAACAUUCGAUGACGCAGAAAAGCAAUGUAGAGAGGACGGAGGUCACGUUAUUAAUAUUGAUUCAACGAUGAAAAACAAGGACGUCAAAGCUGUAACGCAGGGAUUUAGCAACGCCAUUUUCAUUGAUGGUCAACGUAAAGAUUCCAGUUCACCAUGGUUGGCGAUGAAUGGCUCAGAGAAAAAAUUCUUCAACUGGAAUUCUGGAGAACCCGACAGUUCUUUAUGUAUAUAUCUGCAUUAUGCCAAUUCAUAUUGGUAUGACUCUACUUGCACAACCACCAGACCAUUUGUGUGUGAAAUAGAACAGUAAAAGAACAAUUAGACUUUAGUUACACACUAAUGGGAUAAAACUAAAAAAAGAAAAUAUUGCAACAUGUAAAUAAAAGAUUUCAAAGACAAUUAAAAUUGAAAA